AUGUAUCACAGAAAGGACAGUGACCAUGAGAGUCGUGGCGAUGAGAAUGAGAACGAUGAGAGUGAAGACGAUGAGGAUGAGGAAGAUGAAAACCAUGAGGAUGAAGACAAUCCGGAUCAAGACGACAACUGUUAUCAGAGAAGGAGUUACUACCCUUCUGGAGCACGCGCCAAUGAAAACUGGCAGGGAUUUGCCUAUUACGACCACGAGAAGAAGGCUCAAUUUUAUUACGACGGAGACGAAUCGGAAAAGAUAUUUACAAGGACAAAAAAGAAACGUGUAAAGGGAAACUUCAGAGAUACAAUCACAGAGGCAACCGACACUGAUAGCCACGAAGAAGGGAUGUGCUUGGGACCAUCUGCUAAAAAAUCUCAAGGACAACAACAUUACCAAAAUCGUAGAAUGUCAAGAGUCCCCGAGCGAAGGACGUCAUCUGGAGAGACAGGGAGUGAAUUUGGCGAAGCAAGCGAGUCAUCCAGUUUGAUAGAUAAUUUUUUCGAAGAAAUCCACAAAAGAAUUAAAAAGCAACCACUUCGCUCCCUUUUUCCUCAAACAAAGGGCGAUAGUAAAUCUUCUAAGAAGAAGGAAUCCUGA